AUGUCUAUCGAUUUGGUGAGUCUUCUGCGUAUUGUAGAAGAUAUGCCGUCGGGGGUUGCUGAUGACAAUGCCGUUCAGGAACUGCGCAAAUACCUUUCUGCUCCAGAUAGUGCAUUUGAGUCUCUCAGUUCUCAAACAAUUUUUUUGUCUAAACUAGCUGCCAAGCUCUUUUCAAACCCAACAUUGCCUUCCUGUUAUGAUCUUUUGUUAUUCGCUACAUCAAAGGCUCGUGCUGACAUCUGGUUUGAGGUGCUUGUCUUGCGCCUACAACAAAAUGGCUCGCAAUCUGCGGAAACUAAGCUUUGUCUCAGUUUGCUCUUGAAGUACCUUCUUGAAUUUCGACGCCUUCCUCAACUUUUGUUUGCGAUCAAUGACAUGGCGAUUUGUAUUUCAAGUUCAGUUCGCUACGCCUUCCUCGUUGAAAAAACUCGCCGCCUUAUAAAUUUGCCCACGCUUAUCACCAAUUCACUUAAGACCACCAUUUUCCCGCGUCCUUUUGAACCGAAAGUUUAUUUCCCUUUAAUCAUACGACAUGCUACUGAAGUCACUUAUCCCCUUCUCAACGCCGUGCUUAUUUCACAGUCAUGUUUGUUGGGUUUUGGUAAAGAGGUUUGGAGCGCAAUUCUGCAGCAAGUUUCUCGUUCAACCGAGAGCUCAAACACUUGGAGUCGAGCGCUUUCUCUAAUUCAAGAAAGGGCCUUGGAAGCAACUUUGGUUCCUCUUCUUAGCCAAGCAUCUCAUCCCCACCUGGUCACGCUUUGUCUUUCUUCCUCUCUUCGUUCUCCAAUGCAAAAUCGACUGUUUCGUCUGUUCCAUCGUCUCCUGAUCUUUCGCAGAUUUUCCUCUCCUCGAGUCCCAAUCAACAUAUUCGGCUUUCUAAGCGAGAAUGCUACCGCUGAUUUGAUUACACGAGUUGAAAAUGACCUGGGUUUACAUCUACUUCAAUGUUGGUCAGAUUCGACCGCUCUGCGAAGUACUUCUUCGCAAAAUCGUAUUUACUUAAAUCAGGCGCUUGUCACCUGGGUCAGUGCCUUUCAAGAUUCUAUAAUUAACUCCCCGUCCUACUCCAAAAUGAUCUCCUAUGUACUACACGGAAUAACCGUACAUUUAGCUUGCAAUUUUGAGGAGCAGAGAGUGUUGGGGAUGGCUGUUGGUGAGUGGCUAAUAGAGCAGUUCCAUAUCGGUAGAAAAGGGAUAGCUGACGAAAAUCUACAAGUACUCAAGUUUGAAUAUGUGGAGAACGGAGCCGUAAAGCUUGUGAAACCUUUAUUUGAACCCAUUCCACCUUAUCAGCUUCCUGAAAAUCAAGUGGACGAGAGUAAGCGAUUUGGUUGCCAAUCCGCCUUACAGGACAUUUCUAAUAAUUAUUUACUAGGUGUAGAGGGGCUUUUCGCCAUUGCUCCAAGUGUACGGCUUACAAAUACUACGACGAAAGCCAAUGAAGUGGAUAGCGAUGACGAUUUAGAGGAAAAUGAAAUGAGUGCGGGGUUUCAACCACUUCCAGAGUACACAACAUCUGCUCCCUGUGGCUGGCCCUUCCGUGCUCGUCGCCCACACUACCUUCGGGAGUGUCUUGACGGUCUGGGAGGCGCUAAACACAAUCCCGACGAUAUUGCAAGCAACGAGGUAGCGCUAUCUUGUUUUGCUCACGCAGAGGAGCUUAUUUAUCGUCACUGCGGUGGUGCCGUGCAUGAAGUUGCUGCCAUUUUCGCGGACACCUUGCUCCACACCGAGCCCCCCAUCUGUCCAUACAUCGAGGAGGUGAACGCCUCGCGGCACCGCGCUCUCGUUGCCCUGGCGGUGGUCUCGCCCCGUCGAACGGUCCAUUACCUCACUGGACAGUUGAUGCAGUCCGGUCUUGCGGUUAACCAGCUCUCUGUGGUCAUCGCGGCACUCACUGAUGCUGCAUGCUGCCUCGGUCCCAAGUUCACCCCCGUAGCCGGAGACUUUUUCUUUCCCACUCUCCGAGCUGCUGGCGUCCUGCUUAAGCGCCAACCUGACGUUUACGCUCAUCUUGACGAUGCUGUGUUAGCUCGACUUUUGACCUCCCUUGGGGUCAUGUAUGCUUGUGGACGCAACUCACCCAUGCUUCCGCGAAUGGCAGAGGAGCUUUUGACUCUGAGCCCCCUUAUCUUGACAAAUUCGAGUGAUCCCGCUGUGCGGAGAUCAUUCCUCUCCACUCUAAAUGUUAUGCUCACUAUCACGCCCCCAUCUGUGUUCACCGCAAACCAUGAACUCUUGCUUAUCCCCCACUUGGCUGGUGAACUUGUCAAGACACUUCAAGGCGAUCCUGAUUCGGGUUGCCAGCAUAUGGCGGAAGUUGCGCUCUGUUUCUUGCGCGAACACGUUGCUGAGUUGAUUGGUGUUGAUUUCAGUAGCCUUGUAUUGAAAGAUUGA